UAUUCCAAUUAUGGAGUCUGGAGUUACUCUGGGGUGCUGCUUGAAUGAUCUCCCAAAAUAUUUGAAGUUGAUGAAUACUGAAUUUCGAUUAGCUGGGAUUAUUGUCUCCUCAUCUGGUCACCAUACGAACUACUGCUGGCAAGUCAAUAAAACCUGGGAAUUUUGCAAUAAUCUCGGAAAAAGUAUUGAAGCAGCUGCUCCAAAGACUCGGAUCACUCCCAGUGCUGCCAUUUACGUGAAAAUUUUAACUCCAGGCAAUCGUCACGAUUUAAAACAAAACGGACUGGCUACAGGAGAUCAACUCCCCUUAAACGAGACUGUACCACCUACUCCCAUUCUUUCCCCGACCCCUUCACUAACGAGAAGUCCUCAGCCAUCGAAGGAUCAGGAUCUUGAGUUGAAAUCCGAAGUUACACUCCAAGAGUCUGUGUUAGACGAUAAUCUCUUCACGUCGGCUCCGCCCAUGAAUACUGAGGACUUCCGAUCCAAAGUAAGGGAUCCAGACACAUACUCUUACGAUAAUUGGCGUAAUCUGGGAGACUCUGAGGGGUUUUGGGUUGAUGCUACCGAUGAAUCGACGCUGAAUGGAGAAACCCUCCCUGGAAAUAUCAAUGACAGUCUGAGUAGGCCUACAAAUCCUAUCUUACAUGCUGGUCACAUAAUGUUUGCCGUGGAAAUUGAUGGAAACUUCCUCCAUGUCAUGAACACUACUGCUCUAGACUCAAUCAUCCAUAUUAUAUUAUACAGGGCUAGGGAUGACCCAAAUUACAUGGAUUCGAUCCACCCAUGUGCGUCAAAAUUACUUCGAUUUAUAAUUUCUUUAAUGAAUCGGGAUUUUGAUAUGAAUGUUUAUAUAGAGAAAGGAGCUUUGCUAGUUGAACUGUUCCCUGAGAGACUGAAACAAAGAAUGGAAAAUGGCGAUGUCGUUCGUACAUUGGAUUUAAAUGAUUCAGUGAACAAUCUGUGGGGAUAUUUGUUUGGUAAUGAUCCUAGUGUCUUCAAACUGUUCAAUUGUGCACAAUGCGGCGAGUAUGCAGUCGAUGUCCCUAUUAUAAAUAUCGACAGUAAUUUGAUUUUUCGGAAAGGUUUGACUGUUCUUCAAGAAGCCCUUCAAUUCUACCCAAAUUUGACCAAAGUUCCGUGCUGUAACGCAAAAUGUAAACGUCUUUGCACAGUAACGUGUACUGCGAAUUUGAAUAUUUACAUCGAUUUGGAGUUGAGCAUGCGAGGUCGUCUACAAAAAACAGUGCAAUCCAAACUAGGCGAUAUACCAAUGCAUUUAAAUCUUGGGAUGACAUACAGAAUUGCUGGAGUAAUUGCUCAUUCCGAUGAUGGAUUUAUGGCGUAUUGUCUCCGGGAAAGUCCAUCAAACAGUUGGUGGGAAAUGUAUGACAGUGGACUUGGCCAAGUACAAUCGGCUGGACCUAGUAAUAUUAUUAAACCGCACGGAGCAAUUUAUGUAGUGCAAUAAACAUUCUUCUAAAAAAUACUGUUUUUCUCCUUUCUCCUAAUUCCCAAAAUGUAAGAAUUGUAGGAUUCAAGCUGAACUGCAAAACGAACUAAAAUAAAAAUGAGCUAAUUGGCGUAACGUUGAUGACUCGUAUUGUAAAACAGAUGAGUCUUAUUUUAUAGAUUUAUAAACUCAUUUCUAGAAUGUAGGGACAAUGUCGGAACUGAAUAAAAUGAAAUUAAAUUCCAUUAAAAAUCGUCAUCAAAUUUAUUG